CGACGUCGGUUUAUCCUAUAAGUUCAGUUAGACAGUGUCUAAGUAAAAGUGGUUUUGCUAGUUUAGCAGUUGUCUUUGUAUUUAGUUGUUUGAGCAAAAUUUCAUAUCUUCUGUUUGGCAAUGGCAGCGAGCAUUCUUAGGACUGGACUGACAAGACAUCAUAGUUUGUUCAGUAAUCUGCUGAAAAGUUUGCAACCAAUGUCAUCUCUUGCUUCCUACAAUUAUGAGACGCUGAAGGUGUCCCAGCCAAAGGAGAACAUACUCCAUGUUGAACUGAACCGUCCAGAGAAAAGAAAUGCAUUGAACAGGGCCUUUUGGAGAGAGAUGGUGACCUGUUUCAAUGAAAUUGCAAACGAUUCUGAUUGCAGAGUUGUGGUGAUGUCUGGAGCUGGCAAAGCAUUCAGUGCUGGAAUUGAUCUAAUUGACAUGGCAAAUGAUUUUGUAGAACCUCAAGGAGAUGACGUAGCUAGAAUUGCCUGGAAUUUGCGCAAACGGAUUUUGCAGUACCAGGAAACCUUUACAGUAAUGGAGAAGUGUUCAAAGCCUGUUAUUGUGGCAGUUCAUGGUUGCUGUAUUGGAGGAGGUGUAGAUUUGAUAUCUGCUUGUGAUAUUAGAUUCUGCUCUCAAGAUGCAUGGUUUCAGAUUAAGGAAGUAGACCUUGGAUUGGCGGCUGAUGUGGGAACCCUGCAGCGAUUACCAAGGAUAAUUGGAAGUCGUAGCUUGGUGAAUGAACUAGCCUUUACUGCUAGGAAGAUGAUGUCCGAUGAAGCCAAAAGUUGUGGACUAGUUAGUCGUGUUUUUCAGGACAAAGAAUUGCUUUUGGAUGGUGCUUUUGAAACUGCAUCUGAAAUUGCUAGCAAGAGUCCAGUAGCAUUACAGGGGACAAAAGUCAACCUCAUCUAUUCUAGAGAUCACCCAGUAAAUGAAAGUCUUGAUUACAUGGCUGCAUGGAACAUGAGUAUGCUGCAGACAGAAGAUGUCAUGAAAUCUGCCCAGGCUGCUUUAGAGAAGAAGAACAUAAAAGAUAUACCAUAUGCAAAGCUGUAGUGAAGGUGCUUAACGUAAUACAGAGAAGAGCAGUAACUGAUGAUACACACAAUUUAAAGCAGGAGAAAUGAAUGAAACACAACUUACAGAUGGAAUUCCUGCAUUUUUAUUUCAUCUUUCUACUGCUAAAAGAACAAUCGUUAAAGCUCUUAAUGAAACAUUUUAAUUUAAAUUUUGUCAUAACAAUAGUUUUAGUUUCUGUAAUCAGAAACAAAUUAUUUCUGUUGUAACACUGGACUUAAAAUGAAAACUGUGUUGUUUGUAAUAUAAUUUGAAGUAUCCAGAGAAAAUGAUGUCUUUAUUAACUUUGGAAUGGCAAACAGGUCGCAGCUCUUAGACUGGUUUUGUUGCUGUCUACAGUUUAACAGGUAUAAUCAAUUUUAUUUAAGGAGCUAAUCUGUGAAUAGCUUUAGUCUCUUUAGUGAAUCUCUGAAAUGGAUUUAUGAGGGGAGGCAAUGCAAUAGUAAUUGAAAUAUGUAGAAUACCAGCUGUAGACCCUGACAUGCUUAAGAAUGCAUGUUGAAUGAAUCCUGGGCAUUACUGCUGUUUAUCUUAUUACACUUUAGCUUACUGGCUUCUUGCUUAAAUAAACUACAUUCUGUACAAACCCUUA